AUGGCAGCACCAGAAAACAUUCCAGUUGAGAAAUGUCUAGAAGAGUACAAGUCCUCUUUCAGAAGUGAUCUGUUAAAAGGAAAAGUUGCAUUCAUUACAGGAGGAGGUUCUGGCAUUUGCUUCACAAUAGCUGAAAUUUUCAUGAGACAUGGAUGUGACACUGCCAUCUCUGGUAGGAAAUUGGAGCGGCUGAAGCUGUCGUCUAAGACUUUAAGUGAAGCAACAGGUCAUAGAUGUUUGCCUAUACAAAUGGAUGUCCGAAAACCCCAAGAGGUUAUUGAUGCUGUUGACAAUUGCCUUAAGGAAUUUGGUAGAAUCGACAUCUUGAUCAAUGGAGCUGCUGGCAAUUUUCUGUGCCCAUUGGAGAAUAUGUCUUUUAAUGCAUUCAAAACAGUGAUAGAGAUUGAUACCCUUGGGACCUUCAAUGUCAGCAAAGUGGUCUUUGAUAAAUUCUUCAAAAAUAAUGGAGGAGUGAUUAUAAACAUAACAGCCAUGUUGCACCAUAGAGGCACAAUUUUACAAGCUCAUGUAGGGAGUGCUAAAGCUGCUAUAGAGACGCUUACAAAGCAUCAGGCCUUGGAAUGGGGCCCAAAAGGAGUGAGAGUUUUGUGUGUGGCUCCUGGACCAAUAGGUGAUACUGAAGGAAUGAGCAGACUCGGUAUGGGUGCUUCAGCUGAGGACGUGGGUCUUAGAAUUCCAAUUCGACGUAUGGGUACCAGAAAGGAGAUUGGAGAAAUCUGUCUGUUUUUGGUAUCCGACAUGGCAGGCCUCAUAACCUCCUCAACAAUUGAGGCUGAUGGAGCAUCUUGGUUGGCAGAUGGCAGCGAAGAAAAACGUAUUGAGAUGUAUAAAGCAUUAAUGUCAAAAAUGUGA